AUCCCAUAACCCACGCACCGCCCGAUUACGAAUACAGUGCCACUUUGCGUGCGUCUGUGUUGCAUAGUCUGGGUACCUGCUGUCCGAUUUGUCCGUCAUGCGAUCAACAAAGUCAGUCAAAUUUUAAUGUUUUUGAGUUCCAGGAAUAAUCUUUUGCACAGCAGUUCCGGCAGAUCAGGCAGAUCAGGCAGUUCCGGCUUUUACCAAUUGUCCAUUUUAACACACCCGUUUUAUAUUGGAGAAGUCCAAGAUGGCGGCGCUCAGUCAUACAUGUGUUUUGCGUAACGCAAUGCGGAUUUUGGCUUCAAAAUCCCAUAAUCACACGUUAUUAAAUAAAAGAUGUAUCAUCACACCUCAGAAAAGUUUACAACAUUAUAAGAGAAGUCAAAUAGUGGGAUUUUCAACGAGCAAUAUUUUAUUAGAAGAGCCUAAACAACCGUCAAAUACACCCGGUACACCGACCGAGGAGAGCCCACUUGGUGGGUCUUCGUCGAGCAGCACCUUACCGUUGGGUGUGCUGUUGCAGCAGGCGGAGGAGAAGGUGAAAGAGAAGCAAGAGGAGGACGAGAAACAUAAGAAGGAACGAAAAGCCAAGUUUGCUCGUUAUCAAAAAUGGGCGAUGGGAAUCACUGGGGUAAUGCUGGGUGGGGCAGCUUGUCUUACUUUGUUUGAACUCGGUCAACCCAAGCUAGACGAACACGGAGAACCUAUUGCCGAUGAGUUUUCAGAUGAGUUUGUUGUCUCUGGUUACUUGAAAAGAGCCUACAAAGAAGCCAAAGAUUACAGAACUAUGAUCGUAGAGCCGUCGGCACAGAAGCUCCUUCCAGACCCCCUGACAGAGCCCUACUACCAACCUCCAUACACACUCGUCUUAGAAAUGACCAAUGUCUUAGUACACCCAGAAUGGACAUAUUCCAAUGGUUGGCGGUUUAAGAAACGGCCUGGUGUGGAUUACUUCCUACAGCAGGUGGGGCCACCACUCUUUGAAGUCGUCAUCUACACAUCAGAACAGGGAUUUACUGGUUAUCCACUGCUUGACAACCUUGAUCCCAACGGCUAUAUUAUGUAUAGGUUAUUCCGAGAUGCUACGAAGUACAUGGACGGUCACCAUGUUAAGGAUCUGUCUUGCCUAAACAGAGACAUGGGAAAGGUUAUCUUCGUUGAUUGGAAUGAGAAAUCGUUUCAGCUUCAGCCACAGAACUCCUUUGGUCUUAAGAAAUGGGAGGGUACUGACGAUGAUAGGACCCUUAUAGAUCUUGCUGAUUUCCUCAGAACGAUAGCUGUGAGUGGCGUUGAAGAUGUGAGGCCAGUGUUGGAUUAUUACAAACAGUUUGACGACCCACUGGGUACAUUCAAGACAAACCAAGCUAGACUACAGGCCGAACAAGAGAGGGCAGUACAGGCAGCAACGGAAGGACCAGAUAAAGCAUCUACCCUAGCGGGCAGCUGGACACAGAGAUUGAGAGGGAGGUAGAACAAAUAGCGACUUGAAACACAGACUAAGAUUAAAUGGGCAUAGUGUCCAAUAGAAAUAAUGGACUAUACAAGUUGUCUACCUAGGGCCUAAUGGACUAUACAAGUUGUCUACCUAGGGCUCCCAACUAGGGCCUACACGUAUUUAUAUCCACUUAGUAUUAGUUAGAACCAGUAACAAACAGUAAUACACAAUGCAUGUUAUUUUGGCUGGUAAAUCGUUUUUGCCUCAGCCAAUUUGGCUGUGCUAAGCAAACUUGGGCACCCUUGACUCCCCCACCACCUCCCCUCCCCUCCUCCGAAACCAAACUGAUUUGCAUAAGUUCCAUUUACUAUGAUUGUCUGAAGGACAGGCUUCCUGAAUCAAGCUCUCUUUUGGUCGGUGAAAUCAUCAUCGGGGUGGUUAGGGGGUCAGUGUUUAGUUUUGUUUACUUCAGGCUGGUGCAUACAUGUGGCAUCUUCUUGAAAGCAAUAUUGUACUCUUCACACAAGCUUUUAAGGUUUGCUCAAAGAAUGACACCUCCAUUUGGGAAAGGGGACAAUGUAAUGUUAUGAUGGUAUAAAUGUGAAUAUAUUAUUUACUUUAUAUUACAAAUUCAUUUUGUAUGAUACAUUCCCAAGACUUAUUUUGCAUGGUGGCUUAACUGUGAAUGAUGUGGUUGUAUGUUUCUCUGAAUUGUAAGUUUUUAGAAGGUACGAGUUGUUUUCUUGUGUCUGUUCAACUGAAUAAUAACUAUAUGGAAUGAUGAUUAAGAACAUUGGGUUUUUAUAUUGUCGGUUCUUCCCUUGGCUAAAAGGGAAGAAAGUCAAUCUUCUACAAAUCUUUCAAAAUCCACCCAGUGUGUUGAUGGAUCUAGUAUUGCGCUACAAGAUCUUGGUGCCGAGCUGCAGAAAUGUUUUGAAUGGGUUUUUGUCAACCCUCUAAAAUGUAUAAUUGCAUCAGGGAUAAAGAAUAUUGAUUCUCUGGGUUGUUUUUGUGUACCAUUUCGCCCAUGUUAUAAGCACUGUAUACUCCAUGCUUGCUGCUUGGAUGGGAUUCGAACCAAUGAUUCUAAAGCAGAUGUCUUACCACUAGACCAACAAGCGUGGCCGGUGACAAAGGCCAUUUUUACUCCUGUAAUAACCCACAUUUCAACAGAUGUAACAACAGCAUCGAUGAUGAAGAAUAAUUAUUUGGGUUUAGGGUUCAGAGAAUAACAAAUUGGUGCGGAAAGUUUUCAUAAAAACAAAUUAGCAUAACCUGAUUAAGUUUAAAUUAUUAUUAUCUUUCUGCUGCGAAAGAAAUGUGUGUAUCGCACAAGUUUGAGAAUCAUAUAGUUUAUUGUAAUUGUACUACACAAAAAUGUAUGCUCUUUUUGA